AUGACUUCCAUUCCCCUUAUUCUUGCCUAUAUUACCUCCAUCAUGGUUCAUGAUCGUAAGAAAGUUCCGAGACUUGAUAGACGCGACCAGAAGUUUGCCGACCGAAUUGUCACGUUGAUUCAACAACAUGAGGAAGAAGAACUUGAGGUUACCACCGAAACAAGUCUGACGAGCACUGAUUAUGACGAAUUGGAUGAUGACUAUGAUGUAGAAUCGGAUAUGGAGCAACAGGAGCAGGAAUUCAACGGAAUUGGCGCACCAAAAGUGGUAUUGUUUGGUAAAAUUCUAGUGGCAAUUGAUCGAGUAUGGGACGCAAUCCGAUUUUAUCGACUUCCUGGCUUUAACAAUAAUGGAUCCCCGAAAAGAAGAAAACCGAGUUGCAUGUUUUCAAAAUUCAAGUUUUUGAAAAAUGAGAAGGAUCUGGGGAAACUUGUUGUUUAUGAAAAAGCGGGAGAAAUAAAACCGGACCGUAGAUCAAUUCUGGCUUUUAUUUCUGAUCAAUUAUACGAAAGAACAUUGACUGCCAUCAACUCUGGUCAUAUUCUACAUGAUUCGGUUCUUCGUUCUAUGAUUUCCGAGAUAAUAUCAGAAUUUCAAAUUGAAACCACUUUCUAUGGAUCUCAUGGAUGGCUCAAUAACUGGAAAAGAGCUCACAGAAUUUCAUCACGCAGCAUAACAACUUUUACAUCCAGAAAGCGAUUCACAGAGAAAGAUAAAAUGGCGGAAAAAAUGAAUGCAUUCGUGAAGCACGCCCGUGAAGAAUUCCAAAAGUACGACCCACUUCGCGUCUACAAUAUGGACCAAAGCGGUUUCCAAAAGGAACUCUACACCAAAAGGACCCUGACAAACACUGGCGUCCAGACAGUCGAAGUGGUAACUACUGGGAUUUCGCAUAGCUAUACCGUGUUGCCAAUGAUUCGACUGGAUGGACUGCUACAUCCUAAGCUGUACGUAGUCUUUGCUGAACCCACUGGGGAGUUUCCGAGAAACAAUCCACCAGUGGACACCGACAAUUUGGUAUUGAGAGCGGCAAAGGGUCAUAUUAUGGGAAAGGACCUGAUGGCUGACUUUUUUGACAGUGUAGUAUUUGCCGAUGAUGUGGAGGAUGAUAUUCUUUGUAUGGGUGACUCUUGGCCAUGUUGGAGGAGAAAUGACAUCAUCGACUCUGUCCGACCCCCACAGAAGAAGAUCAAACUCAUAAUUAUUCCUCCUGGUGCCACUGGACAAAUCCAACCUCUGGAUAUUGGGAUCUUCCGAACUUUCAAGAAGUUCAUGAAGAACUUAACGGAGUAUGCUCAACGAAAUCACCCGGAGUUUCUUCCCCAUCAACGAAACAGCAUCAUACUGAUGCUGAGCCAAACAUAUUGGAUGUUGGGUUCUCCUAUAUUUCAAGAGUGGCGCUUAUAUGCGUGGUAUGCUGGUGGAUAUGUUGAUAGUUGUCCACCUCGAGCUGAUAAACCAACAGACUUUUGUUUCAAUCGCAAAGUCUACGGAAAAUGCGAAUCACCAGGAUGCAAAAGGCUUUCAAUGAUUCAGUGCCCGUUCUGUUCCACAAAUAUCUGCUUUCAAGAGAUGAUAAUUGAGCAACACAGAUGUGUUUGA